AUGAACUGGACCGAGGGAGCUUUGGCACGACGUUCUCGAGGAAAGGGCUGGAAACCGGAAAUCGCUAAACAAAAACAGUACUUCGCAAAGGCUCGCUCGGGACUUCACGGUCCUCCCAAGCCCGGCCUCGACUCUAUUUCCUUUUUCUCUCAGCAGGCCAAUUCUUCGACAUAUCCUACGAAGCGCCUCUCGACAGUUCCAUCACAAAAUUCGCCGCACUUCCAGCAGCACCAGCAACACCGGCACAACCAGAACAACCAACACAAUGUUCUUCAGGAUCACCGUCUGUGGAUGUCGCCACGGCAGCAUGCGCGGAAGGAACCUCUAGUUGCAGUAGACCAGGGCAUCCUACAAGAGCCUCGCUCACAGCAUGCUGCUAAGAAACGAAAGCUUCCUGACCAUGACCCUGAGCUCUUGGAUGCGAAGAGGCACCGCUUGCUACAAAAAGACGACUGGGCUGGGAUCAAUGUCCAAAAGUCGCUACCUCUGCAUUUCUCCGGAGCUGGCAGCUCAAAAGAACGCCAGAUCUGGGGCUUUCGCAACAGGCAUCCUGCGGGUCAAUCUGGCUUCUUCUGGGAGCAGAACGGAAAUGGAAGGAGACCACUACAAGGCAAACCUACAAGCUCCAUUAGCACGCAAGGCGGAGACAAAGACGUCAGGAUCAGAAUCGGCAGUGAGGAUAUUCGAUACGGCGGAGGAAGUCAGAUCACGGCAAGAAGCUCUCAGAAUCGUCUUCCCAGAACUGCGACCCAGUCGAAAAACUUACGACAGUCACAAUACUUUGGCCAAACCUCGUCUCAACCCUCUGCGCAGGACUAUGGUCCUUCAGGAUUGCACGGCUAUAGAGCUUUGCCAUCGUCCGAAAUGGAAGGUCGGUCAUUACUUGUUGAAUCAUCUCCAUCCAGGGUACAUCAACCUGUGCCUCGACGACUGAGCCAGCUUGUAAUGCUUGAGAGAUCAGGGAAACCAGCGUCCGAAAUGUUUGGGAGCACCAUUGGUCAAGUCGGUCACAACCCAGUGCAAGAAGUUGCGUCAUCGGAAUGCAAUGAGAAUGAGCGAUGGCAAAAGAUGAUCGAGUCUCAUGAAGAUCAAACAAAAAGUCCAUUCGAGAAAGAUUCUGGUGCAAGUCGCAAGAUCGUCAAGAUCAGUCCCGGAGUCAGCAACAUCCCUUUUCUAAGCAGCUCGGUGGCCCAUGGUUCAAGAUUCGACCAACCCCCGAUGAGCACAUUUACGAACUCCUCUUUGGAUGACAGGGCGCCGGACAAUAUGGAAACUGGCCAGUACAAGCGCUUUGGCACCUCAAUAAAGAAUGAUGGCCAACCAAGAGACACUGCAGAGAAGAUGCGAUCCUCAUCACCUCCGCUACCGACCAGAUCAUCCACUCUAUUAGCUGGUCGACCGAAAGGUGACCUUUACAACGAUAAAGAGGGACUUUCCGAGGACACGUCCCUCGCGCAUGCAGAAUCCUGCUCAGACAAUGGCCACUAUGCGGAGCCUCGACAGCUAUCGCCCAUGUUUGAGUCGGAUAGCGAGGAGAAAUCAACUCUCAACAAGCGAGAACCAAGUGUGCAAAACUUGAGGCCUGCCGAUGAAGAAAACGAGUGUGUCGAAACCUCAAUCUUUCUCCCUCAGACACUAGAUACAGAUGCCGGAAAUGCUAUACCGGUGCCAGGCUCAGAGAAAGUAGACAUGGAUACAGAGUGGAUGAGCUUCAUAUUCGGCGAAGACGUCGAAGAAGAUGAAGAUGUUGCUUUCAAAGAGUCGCUCAAGGAAGCUGUGCGAGACUUACGGCCAUCAAGCAGCUCCGCUAGCGACUACUACCAACCUUUUGUGGCUCCCAUCUCGGCCUUUGCCUCCAAAAACCUUGCACCACACAAGAUGCUCCAACACCGAAAUAAGGGCGCUCUGAUUCCGACAUCGCUGGGAUCUUCUCCAAAGGCCGGCCACACAGAUAUGGCUAUUCGUGGAGAUCUCGUAGACUGUGAAUUAGAGUACAGCCAAUAUCAAACCACUGACACAGACAUCGCAGACUCCGUCAUAGCAGAAUAUUCGGACUCAAUCAUACCCCAAGCCGGAACAGAGUCUCUGACAUCUAAAGUUGCUCCGACGCAGAUUACGGACUCUAUGUCAAUGAUUGCACAACCAUCCAACUCUGACUGGAGCUAUAACGUGGGGCAAAGGUUUGCCAAGCCAAAAACCUUUGUCGGGAGACUAGCCAGCUCAUCAAGCCGAGACCCUGGACCAGUUUUGCCCCUGAGCGUAAACUUAGUUUCCAAGAAAAGGGGUAGGCCCAAGGGCAGAUCGAGAAAGAAGAAGGCCAAGGAUGGGCGUGCCAAUAUCCGAGGGCUACCUAAUUAUGACGGCGAUCCAAUUGAAGGCGGAUCAGAUGAGUAG